UUCACUCCAUACUGCUUGCACACGCAGGCAGCCCACUGUGACCGAUCCAUUAUUCUCUCAUUAUUCUGAAUACAUUGUGCUUAGACCCUUAUAAUCGUGUUUAUUAUUAGAGAACCGUUAAGUCUUUUGAAUUAAAAAAAAGUUCUCAAGAAGCUUCAUAUGAUAUAUAUAUAUAUAUAAUAAAGUUGAAAACUUUACAUUAUCUCAAUUGUAAUCACUGAUGUGCAAAAAUGUCAAAGGAAAUAGUAUUGAAGUUUAUGAAAACUCAAAAUAGGCCAUUCAGUACAAACGAUGUUGUUUUAAACCUCCGCAAUGAAUUAGGCAAAUCUGUUGUCCAAAAGGCCUUUGAUCAGUUGGUUCAUGAAGGCAAAUUAGUUGAAAAAGUAUAUGGAAAGCAGAAAGUUUAUUGUACUGCUCAAGAAUCAAAUCGAAAUACGGAUGAAUUGUUGCGCAUCGAUAGAGAACUUCAGUCUCACGCUGGCGAAGUUGAAAGUAAGCAGCAGUUACUUGAAAAAGAAGUUCGAACAAUGGAGGCCAGCCUUGCCGGUUUGAAAUCCAGUAUCACUCUUGAAGAGGCUCAAAAGCAGAAAUUGGAGAGAAAUAAUAAAGUGGAUCAUUUAUCUCGAAAAUUAAGUGAACUCAUGGAAGUUUCCGGAUCAGAAGACUUGACUGAAUCAAAAAGAAAAAUAGAAAAUGCUUUAGGUGUUCGUAAACGUGAAUAUUCUAAGAGAAAGCGAAUUGUCACAGAAAUAUUAGAUUGUAUCCGAGAAAAUUAUCCUGGUAGUAAAACAGAAUUAUAUGAGGAAAUUGGAAUAGUUGAAAAAGUUGUGUGAUUAACAUUUUUUUUAACUUACUAAUUCAAUGUCAUUUUAAUUUCUAAUUGUUUUCUAAGUAUGAAUUUAUAUGUGGCUUAUGUCAGGAUCCAUAAGAAACCAACUAAUCCAGUAAACAUUAAAAACAAUUGAAAACUUUAAA